UCCCGCAGGAAACUCACAUUUCGCAGCCACCAUUUUGUCAAGAUGAGCAUGAUGGACUAUUCAGCGGUGGCGCCUCCGUCGGCGAUGUCGACGCCAGAAACACAAAAUGCAGCUUUUGCAGACGCAUUACAGAGAGCAAGACAGAUUGCUGCUAAGAUAGGAGGUGACGGCGCAGUCCCCGAAACAGACUCUCGGAAACGAGGGCUGGAAGACGGGCCAGGUGAGCUGAAUGGCACACCUGACAACAUGUUCCGAGACUACGGAGAUGGCGAGCCUGAGCCAAAGAAGCUAGCGGCACAGAAUGAUCCCAUCGGGGCCCAGCUGGCCCAACAACUGGCCCAACAGAGAAACUUUUCAUCUUCCAGGGCAGGAGGUGUUGUCACAGAAGAGUACAGAGUACCCGAUAAGAUGGUCGGCCUAAUUAUCGGAAGAGGCGGUGAACAGAUCACUAGAUUGCAAGCAGAGUCAGGAUGCAAGGUCCAGAUGGCACAGGACAGUGGAGGCUUGCCAGAGAGGGUUUGCACACUCACAGGAACACCACCAUCAAUAGAGCAUGCCAAGCGAUUGAUAGACGGAAUCAUUGAGAAGGGGAGGAGUAGCGGGGCCACAGAACAGCCAGGCACCACGUUACCUGACGGCUCCAUCGUCACAGAAAUGAUGAUACCAGGGAACAAGGUGGGGCUUGUGAUCGGCAAGGGAGGCGAGACCAUCAGAAGUCUGCAGGAAAGAGCUGGAGUGAAGAUGGUGAUGAUUCAGGAUGGACCAUACAUGAACGCCCCAGAGAAACCUCUCAGAAUCACAGGAGAUCCACAGAAAACACAAAGAGCCAAAGACUUGGUCAUGGACCUUAUCACAGACAAGGAGCUCGAGGGCGAGUUCUUUGGUGGACCACAGGGCAUGAGAAGAGGAGGGAGGGACUUUGACACAAACGACUACGGCAGUGCCAGGGGUGGUGGUGGCGGUGGCAUGGACAUUCCAGUGCCUCGUUUUGCGGUGGGUAUUGUCAUCGGGAAGGGAGGAGAGAUGAUCAAGAAAAUCCAGAACGAGACCGGAGUCAGAGUCCAGUUCAAACCAGAUGAUGGGCAGAACCCCAACAGAGUGUGCCAGUUGAUGGGUGCUCCCGACAGGUGCCAGGCCGCAGCCCACACAAUCCAAAAUCUGGUGGAAGAUGCACAGCAGCGGGACCAGGCCGGGGGCGGACCUGGGAUGGGGCGCGGGCGUGGCCGCGGAGACUGGGGACGUGGGCCAGGCGGACCAGGACCCAUGCGGACAGACGAGUUCCCAGUACCCAACAACAAGUGCGGACUGGUGAUCGGGAAGGGCGGGGAGAGCAUCCGUACCAUCAACCAGCAGUCGGGCGCGCACGUGGAGCUGAUGAGAAACCCUCCCCCUCACUGUGAGCCGGGCAUGAAGAUGUUCUCCAUCCGCGGAUCUCCACAGCAGAUCGACCACGCCAAGCAGCUCAUCCACGAGAAGAUCUCGGACGACAUGCACGAGCAGUUCGGUUUCGGGGACCGACCGUUCCACCCCAGAAAGCAUGGUGGACCUCCCGGGCCCCCAGGCGGCCCCGGCGGACCAGGCGGUUUCAACCAGGGACCACCACCACCAAACCAACCUCCCCCUCCCGGUGGUGGACCGCCCCCCUAUGCUCCCCAGGGCUGGGGAAAUGCCUACCAGCAGCAGUGGCAGCAGGGACAAGGAGGACCAAAUGAUCCCAACAAGGCAGCCCAGGACAAUGCUGCAGCAUGGCAGGCCUACUACGCCCAGUACUACAACUGGCAGCAGCAGGCCCAACCUCCAGCACCGGGACAGGGACCACCACAGCAAGCUCAACAGCCUGGCGGUGGGAGUGGCCAACAGCCAGACUACUCAAAAGCAUGGGAGGAGUAUUGGAAGAGGACAGCUGAUCAACAGCAGCAACAGCCGCAGCAACAGCAGCCGCAGCAGCCAGGAGGACAGCAGGGAGCGCCGGCACAGCAGCAGACACAGCAGACUGGACAGCAGGCUCAGAGCGGACAGCCAGACUACACCAAGGCUUGGGAGGAGUACUACAAGAGACAGGCUCAACAGCAGCAGCAGCAGCCAGCGGCCCAGCCACAGCAGGACUACAGCCAGGCCUGGGCAGACUACUACCGUCAGUACGGGGGAGCUCCCGGACAGAGCCAGCCUGGCCAGCAGGGACAGUAAAUGUGCUGCCAAGAUGUUGAUUUGUUUGUUGUGGAUUGCGGGAGAUUGCUCCAUCGAUAAUGACCCUCCACCCGAAGAUCUGGAUUGAUAAAUGGGCCCCAACAAAUAUAUUAUGAUUGCAUGUUAGACUGUCCUGUGAAGAUAGAUUGUUCCAACAUCACUUAUCAUGGUUAUAUGCACUCCUAGUGUUAAUGUAUAGAUUAAACAUGUAUUUUAGAUUCAGACUAAAUGUAUUGUGACUUAGAUUUGACAUACUUGAUUAUGACCGCGAUUUUGAUGUACUUUGUGAUGCUUAGUGAUUGAUAACGUCAGGUGUAUAACACAACAGAUAAAGUGGCCAUUACCAUCUCUUAUUGUACUAGUUGGACAUUCAAUGAUCGUAUUAUUCAUACAUAGGAUAUUUUGCACUGCAUAUGUUUUUUUAGUGUACUCCCAAUAUAUACCACCCCUUGUUCUCUGAUGCGUGUGAUAUAUACUACAACUUGACAUUGGUGCGAGGCAUUUUUCAGUGGUACAUGUUGUGCGUAGCGGUUAAGCAGUGAAAUUUUGAUGUCGUUUUUGUUGCUCCUUUUUUUUCUUCAUGUCUUAUAAAUGUCUUCUCUACCUAGUAAGUAGCAUACCUUGACGGGGGCUGGAGGAGAGGCAAGGCCGUGCCUUCGCAAGGUGACAAUUUUAGCGUAAGGUACACGUAUAACCACAAGUAGGAAACAUGUAUAAAUGUGUGUCAUACUGACUGUAGCAUUGGUUUAUAACAAUGACUCGGAUGUACGUUGAACCGCUAGUGCAUGCUCAUCUACUAGUCUAAGACCACGAACAAGAUGCCUGAGAAAGCUGCUCCGAGAUAGUGCCAGGGAUUUCAAGAACCCCCAAUAUUGUUUUCUUUUUAUGUUUUAACCAGCAGAGAUUCAGUGUGGGAAAGGGGCACUCUAAAUAAAGUGCAGGCAUCACGUUCAACUCAGUUUGACUUCUGAUGUACCGGUGGUUAAAAAAUGCGGCAUGUGACCAAGAAGGGAAAAAAAGCUACUCACUGAAGAUGUUCUUCCCUGGGUCACUCAAACCUUGGUCACAUGAUUUCAGCAAUAUCUCUUGUUUACUGUAUCUUUGAUGUAUGUUAUAUGCACCUCAUUAAUGUUGGUUUAAGACUUUUUGAUGUUUCAUUAAACUGCUUCGUAGAGACAUUGCCAUGUCUUUCUACA